AUGUUGCGACAAAAAGAGACAGAAGAGGCAAUUAAAAAACACAUAACGUAUUCUACGUUGGGGCCAACAGAAAUAAACAUGGCAACAUUCUGGAAGAUUUUUAAAACGAUUGUAUUGUUCUUUGGAUGUGCUGUUUUGGGUGUAUACUACAGUAUGACAGGUCCCCUCCUUCCUGACCUUAAGAUCAUGGUAAACGCGGACUAUGAAGAAAUAGCACGAGUAGUGUCUGCUAUGAACGCUCCCUUCCUACUGAGUACUCUUAUGGGCGGGCUUAUCUCUGAUAGCUACCGUCGAUACGUCGGCUUGAUCCUUUUCAUUGCUCAGUUAAUAGCUGUUAUUGGCCUGGUGUUCACACCGUGGUGCCGCGUUCUUUGGUUAUUGGGGAUCAUGUUCUUCUUGCAAGGUGCAGGUGUUGGACCAUUCACAUCAGGUGGUAAUGCAUGGAUAGUCUGGCUAUGGGGAGCCGAUUCCGACGCCCCAGUCCAUUCAUUUCACUUCGGUUGGGGACUUGGCGCUUUCUUGGCACCCCAGUUGACGAAACCGUUUGUGUCAGAGACGUUUACUUGGCGGAAUGAAACACAGAAUAACAGUAUAAUCAAGAUAACUAAUUCAAGCGAAGAUGAUGGCAAUAACACGUUAACAUACACGACUGAAGGAUACCCCCUAUAUCCAUACUCUAUCAUGGCGUGUGUGGCAUUUGUAUAUUCAUUAUUGUACUUAAUGCUCUACUUUCAAGAAAGGAACGAGUUCAUGAACAAUGAAACAAAACAGAUGGAGAUGGAUCAGAAAGAUGCAAGUGAUAAAGAAAAUAACACGACCAGAGAGGAUCAGAUUGUACAUGAAAGAAGUGACAAAUUAAUGCAUAGAAUUAAGCAGGCAUUGUCACCUUCUUCAUGUGGUCGGGGAGAAACAUCAUUCGGUAUCCAGAUGUCGAUACUAGUGUUCACUUACCAUUUUCUAAUCGUGGCUGGUGAGAGAUCUUGGGGCCAGUACUUAUAUUCCUAUUCUAAAGAGAGUAACCUUGGAUUCACCAGUGCAGAUUCGAGUGAUCUCCAUUCUGCUUUCUGGCUGUGCUUUCUGAUUGGUCGAGGAGUGGCGACCCUGAUUUCAAAAUGGUGUCCCCCAAAUAUCAUGGUCACUGGGGAACUAUUUGCUCUGUUAGCUUGUAGCAUCGUUCUUGUUAGCUUUCCGAAAAGUGUUCUUGUAUUGUGGAUAGCUUCCUGCGCAUUUGGCUUUUUUAUCGCGCCUUUAUUCCCUGGAGGAAUCUCUAUCUAUAACCAAUAUAUGGACGUCACCGCCAUGGUGCUAGCACUUUCGCAGGGCGGCGCUGCCUUUGGUUCUAUGUUAUGGAACUGGAUAACAGGGAAAACCGCUCAUCGGAUUUUCUACAGAUUCGCACACAUGAUAGAGGAUAUCAAGUUCUAG